AUGGUAAUCUAUUUCACCGCGCCUAAGAUCGUCGAAGGUGAGUGUGAAGUUGAGAUAGAGCAGGCUGAUAUUGAAACUGGGGUUUUAUUUUGGGAUUCUUCUAUUAUUAUAUACACUUUAGGUAAGAGUUUAAGCAUGAAUGCGGUUAAACAAUUUAUGACUAAGUUUUGGAGCUUUGUGAAACUCCCUGAUAUGUUCUUCCAUGAUGAAGGGUAUUUAAAAUUUCACAGUGACUUAGAUAAAGAACAAGUUCUCAUAAAAAGUCCUUGCACAAUUCAUGGGGUACCUAUGAUCCUUAGGGAGUGGAGCGUUGAGUUUGAUUUUAAGCGAGAUAAGCUAAGAACUCUUCCCAUAUGGGUGAAGCUACCCAACUUGCCUCUUCGUCUUUGGGGUGCAAAAAGCUUAGGCAAGAUAGGAAGUGCUCUAGGUAACCCCCUCUUCACGGACGAAUGUACGGCCAAUAAAUUACAUGUAUUAUAUGCUCGUAUUCUUGUUGAGAUAGACAUUACAAAGAAACUGAAGGAGUUCAUUAUUAUUAGGAAUAAUGAUAGCAAGAAGAUUAACCAGCCUGUUGAGUUUGAAUGGAAGCCAAAAUUUUGCGAAAAAUGCCAAAAGAUUGGUCACCAAUGCUUGAAUGAGAAGCCACAAGUCAUGAAGCAAUUAAGGGCCAAAGUAGAGCAGAGGGUACCUACCACUAUUACUGAAGAUAAUGCUGCAAUAGAGGCCAUAGCAGUGGACCAGCCUAGUACCUCAUCAUGGGUUCAAGUCUCUAACAAAGAAAAGAGUAGAGGUAAAGCUAUUUUACAAUUUAACUUCAACUAUAAUGUUGACCUUGCAUAUCAUAAUGGAUUUGAUACACUUAAGACUUGGCAUGAUCCUCAAAGGAAGAGGUUAUGGCUGGAUAUUGAAAAUUUUCAUCCACAAAUUAGUGGUGCUUGGCUAAUCAUGGGGGAUUUUAAUACUGUUCCUAGAGCUUCUGAUAGAGUUAGUGUUAAUGUGGUUAUGGAGUAUGAGUUUGCAGAUUCAAUUCACUUGAUGGAUAACUUAGAUCUUCAUGAAAAAGAUAAUGUGGGUGACUAA